AUGGAGCCCCCAUCAGCCCCUACCCACAGAGGGCGCGUGCCCUGGAAGGGGCUCCUGCUCACAGCCACACUCUUACCUUUCUGGAGCCUGCCUGCCAAUGCUGCAUCUGUGGAAAUAAUACCAUCCAAUGCUGUGGUAGGGGACGAUGUCACCAUGUUUGUCCACAAGGUGCCAGAAAAUACUGUACGCUUAGACUGGUAUAAAGGGGUAAUUGAAUCAAAGAACAUCAUUAUAACAUUGAAAAUAAACCCAGAAAAUAUUACUAAUGGGCCUUUAUUCAGCCACCGAGAGACCCUGUUCAACAACGGAACCCUGCACAUCCAGAACCUCACCCAGAGGGACAAGAGCACCUACCUCAUACAAAUCUUUACAAUGGGAGGUGACUCUAUAACAGCAAGAGGAGUCCUCGGCGUGUACGUGCGGCUAACCAAACCCCAAAUCAACGCCGACAACGAGCACCCCACUGAGAAAAAGGACACCGUGACACUGCAGUGUGAUCCUGAGACUCCAGACACGACCUAUCGGUGGUUCUUCAACUCUAAACCUGUCGCUCAGGGUGGUGGGCUGGAGCUGUCCAAGCAAAAUCGGGUUCUGACUUUAAGCCCUGCCCUGAGGAAUAACACUGGAGCCUAUGUGUGUGAGAACUGGAACCCUGUGAGCUCCAAAACCAGCGACCAAUUCAACCUGGCUGUUUUGUAUGGCCCAGACCCUCCCAUCAUCUCCCCCUCAAAAAACUUCUACCGUCGAGGGGCGAGCCUCAGCCUCUCCUGCUACACUGCCUCCCACCCGCCUGCAAAGUUUACCUGGUCUACCAGCAAGCAGGCCACGGUAGUCGCACAGAACUUCUUCAUACCCGCCCUCUCUCUGGAUGACAGUGGUUCCUAUACCUGCUUCGUCAGUAACAAUGUGACACUACUCAAGGCGACCAAUACGAUCAAUAUCACAGUCUUAGACCCAGUGACAUCAGCCUCCAUCCAUGCCUCCAACACCACAGUGGCAGAAGGUGAUAACAACGUGAUCCUGGUCUGCAUCACGAAUGACACUGAUAUCUCCACCCAAUGGGUCCACAAUAAUCAGCCUCUGCAGCCCUCAGACACGAAGCUGCUGUCUCGAGACAACAAGACCCUCACCAUCACGUCUAUCUCGGUGUCCGAUGCCGGCGACUAUCACUGUGAGAUCUCCAACCCCAUCAGUUCCAUAAAAAGUCCCCGCCUGGAGCUGCAAGUGACAUCUCGUGGCCCUGGAAAGGAUUUCCGCUUGGGGAACCAGCUGUUCGGAGGAUGUUGUGUGGUUGACGAUGCCAACCCCUGCAGUCGAAGCAAGCACCCGGGAGGUUUCGGCACAGGAGGAAUCUCCACAGACAUCCUGGUGGGGAUUGUCAUCGGUUGCUUCAUCAUCGGGGUCCUGAUUGGGACGGCGUUCGCAGCUGUCCUGGGCUACUUCCUGUUUCUCAGAAAGUCUGAAAGGAGCCCAAGACAGCUUGACCCCAGAGAACACCAGCCCCCCGCGGACUCCCCAGGCUCUGACCUGGUCUUGAACCCCUAG